CUGUUUCCUGUUGAAAAUGUCUGUGUAAUGUAGAUAAAUGUGAGGGAUUUUCUCUCUAAAUCCGUCUCCUGUUCGCUAAAUCUCACUUCUCCAAAACGAGCCUGCGCAAUGGAACAAAGUCGGAAUAUUGAGAUGUGACAUUGCCCGCAUCUCAUCCUCUUUUCUCCCCGUUUUUUAAUGACUUCAAACAAGUUCAUUUUCGCCGGGCUUUGACUUGCGGAGACCCGUGGGGAUGUCUAGCGCUCUUUCCUUUCAGUGGCAUUUAUGUGAUGUCUUCAAGAGUGCGAUGUGCUGUAUCUCCUGUAGCCACACCCUCUCACUACUGCUGUGUGUCCUCACCCUGACUCCGACGGCAACAGGGGCGGGCCCAGAGACCCUGUGCGGGGCGGAGCUGGUCGACACGCUGCAGUUUGUGUGUGGAGAGAGAGGCUUUUAUUUCAGUAAACCAACAGGCUAUGGCCCCAAUGCACGGCGGUCACGCGGCAUUGUUGACGAAUGCUGCUUCCAAAGCUGUGAGCUGCGGCGCCUGGAGAUGUACUGUGCACCUGCCAAGACUAGCAAGGCAGCUCGCUCUGUGCGUGCACAGCGCCACACAGACAUGCCGAGAGCACCCAAGGUUAGUACCGGGCACAAAGUGGACAAGGGCACAGAGCGCAGGACGGCACAGCAGCCAGACAAGACAAAAAACAAGAAGAGACCUUUACCUGGACAUAGUCACUCAUCCUUUAAGGAAGUGCAUCAGAAAAACUCAAGUCGAGGCAACACGGGGGGCAGAAAUUACAGAAUGUAGGGAUGGAGCGAAUGGACAAAUGCCCAGCGACUUGGGAAGAGAGAAGGGAGUGGCCUUACCUGGUACCCCUGUGGAAUGGUUCACUGUAAAACAAAACAAAGAGGAUGCUAUCAAUGGUCCGAAAAGCUCUUCAAAAUGAUUGAAACCUGAGAGCUAAGUGGUGUUUAAGGGUUUGAUGAGGGAUCUUGUGAUUAUUUUAUACACUGCACCAUUCCAUAUCGGGAGGAAUUCUUUGUUAAUGCAAUGUAACAGACUAGUUUAGCUGCUGAGACACGAACAAGAGCUUAUUAUACCUCCAUGUGUGAGCUGCAGCAUCCCCUGGCUCCAGGAAAGGUGGGAACGGAUCUGGGCUUCAGCCAAUCAGAGAGCCGCAGGCUGUGUUUGAAUGAGUGGUCCAUCCUGUCCCCUGAACUUUGCGGAGGUAAAUCUUUUUACUCUGAGAGAGUGGAUUCACUCCUCUGGUAAGACAGGAUAUUUUUAUCACCAGUCACAUUUAACAGUUACUACCCGAGUUAAAAUCUGAUUAUCUUACCUUCAGAAUUUGUUUUCAUGCACCAUGCAUUACGGAGGAUAUUUUUAAAAGAGUAAAAAAAGGUUUGCUUUAAAGGACAAAGACCAGACGGCUCAUUAUCAGACUUUAAACGUUGUUGUAGUUAUUUUACCUUGAGCCCGAGUCAAAUCCCUACUUCUCAGUGACUGAAGGCAGGGUUCUUAUAUCUAAAUGGAGUCGCUAGAAGGUUUGAGUCCAAUCCAAAUCCACCCUAAGCCUCAGGAAGUGUUGAGAACCUGAGGACUGAGUCUACAAUCCAAACACUUCUAUAACAACAAAUCAAGUACUAUUAGAGGGGAUUUUGAGGAAGACGGGAAGUACAGUAGGUACUAGAAAUAUAAGAUUGUGCAAACUAGAGAAACAAAUUACCCAGAAGCAAACUGAAUUAAAUUUUUUUUUCGGUCAGUCUGCACAUGGUGCUUGUUUGGUUGUCAGAAAUGGGUCAUUCGGUGGAUUCAAAGUGCAUUUGGCAUUGGUGAAUGGAAUAAAUCAAAUGGCGACAAUCAAGCGAAAUGUUUGUCGUCUGUAUCCUUUUCACAUGUCACCACCGUGGCCAAAUCAGAUUUUUGUCAACAAUUCAGUUACACAGUGAUCAACAUUUGAGUCUGAGUUGGAGGCCUGAGUUCAAGGUUGAAGCGCAAGUCAUUAAAGUUUAGUCACUGCAAGUAAACAAGCGCUCUUAAAAAAAACAAAAAAACAACAACAAAAAAAACCCCACCAGGAUCAACUAGAGUAAAAUCAUUUUCUUGUUCUCGUGAAGAACUGACAAAAUGUUCCCAAAUCUGUCAAUACCCAAGUUAAAAGCAAAAGACUGAGAGGCUUCAACAAUAGUCACUUAGAUGGAGAAGUUUAAUGAUUGAUUGAUCUUGGCCUGUGAUAUUUUGUUAGUUUAGGGAGGCCGAGAACUUUGCUACUUCAGUUGUCACUUGGACUGCAUUAUCCGCCAUGAUGGCGAGAGUAUAACAAAACUCCACAGAAUCCAUUGCAAAGUCCACCAGAGGAAUAAACAGAUUAAACGAUUUGGUAAAUGUUGCAAACGAAAAUGACAAGUCCUCCUGGAGAUGUGAGAUACGGCACACAUAUAGCAGUACACGAACACACAUACAAAGCACCCAGUGUAAAUGAGCGUUGUGUAACUGUGAGCAAGGGUCAGGCACACACAGACAUACACAUACACAAACGAAAAGCCAGUUCUGAGAAGUCCUUGCAUGAGGACUGACAGUCAUGGCUGUUUGUUCUAGCCUCCAAGCGGAUUUACAGUCAUUUUAUCGCACAAACCGCCCAAGACAUCUCAUAACUGGCUCUGCCUCCUCUGCCUGUGUAUAAUCAAACAGUACUCCCAUUUAUGUUAACCUAUGCAUUGCUAUCAUUCAUUGUACAUGAUGGUUUCAUAUAACAAAACUGUAUUAAGAAUCCUAUCCACUGUAUAAUGGUGCUAUUUUGUAGUUUGUUACUUGCAAGAGAUGGCUAAGACAGACAGAUGGCAGGGCUUACAUUGGAGGUCUUCCCUUUUGCACAGCCUUGUGGCCACCAUUUUAAUAGUGUUUUUAUUUGUAAGCUGUUUCAAUAAGGUAGUAGUGUAAGCGAGUAAAUGUAUCUGUGUGAAAUCUGUGAAUGCAUGGAGAAUUAAAAAUAAGAAAAUACCAUGUCGUGGUCCCAAGAAGGCAAAAUGCUAUUUUUUCUACUGUUUUUAAAUUAUUUUCUCAAUAUAGAUCCCUUAUGCCAAAUAACUUGACAAAAGUACUGUGAACUGUGAUUCUUCCAAUUGUAUUGAGAUUGUUAAAAGUCAUGGUGUGCUUUUGUCUGUCCUGAGAUGUGUGUGUACAUGCACCUCACUGGAAGCCAUGGUAUUGACUAUUAAAAUCAUUUAAAGCGAGACUAAAUAACUUUUGCUGAUAAGCGGUCACUGUGGCCACAAGUGAUAAUUAUAGGACAAUCAUUACACAUUGGAGUUGCUGUCAUUACCCAAUAUUGACAUUAGUCAAAUACUUUAAAGACGUUGUCAUGGUUAUCUGUAACAUGCUAAAAUUUAAGUAACAGGCACACAAGUAGCAAAGAGCUACAAAGUCAGCAAAUGUACUCAGUGUUGUCUAGCAUAAAAGAGUAGUUUGAAAUGAGCUAACUUGUUUUGAGUAGAUGAGAAGAUCGAUACAUUAAAUAUAAGGCGGUAGCCAGUUAGCUUAGCACAAAAACUACAAAUGGGAGGAAUCUGCUAGCCUGGCUGUAUCCAAAGUUAACAAAAUCAAAUCCACCUCCCUCUUUUACACCUCAGUGUUUUUACAAUCAUGUGUUUUUUAAUUGUUGAGCCAAGCUAGUGACUUCCUCCUGUUUCCAAUCUUUAUGCUAAGCUAAGCUAACUGGUUUCUGGCUUCUUUGCUUACAGAUAUGACAGCAUUAUCAAUAUUCCCAUCUAAUUGUUUGCAUGAAAUGGUAUUUCCAAACACUUUAAACUACUGCUUUAAGUUUGCUAACAUUAGCCUGCAUUAGCUACUGGUCAUACCAGACCAAAUAAGGCUCUGACGACGAAACCCCUGAGUGUAUUAAAGUGCAUUUUAUUUCUUAUGAAUUUAACAUUUCAUUUGCAACAGAAAGAUUUUGUUCUUUCGUCUUUCAAAAGUUACCUAGUCUCGCUUUAAGAAUAAGCCAGGAGUUUAAUUUAUUUUGUCCAAAACAUUUGUUAUUUUAAAGGUGUGUUUUUAUCUAUAAUGAUCAAGGUUUUAAAAUGGGAAUUUGCGUACAUGCUUUGGUGUCUAUUCCUUUCUAAUUCUCUUAUCAGUCGACCUGGCGACUGAAAUGAAAAAGAAGCUGGCUGGAAGACAUCACUGGUCCUCCCAGAUCUUCAGAUAUACAGUACAAACCAAAGACUUUUUGAUGAGAAGAAAAACCUCACUCAGCAUUAUUAAGUCACAAACUAAACCUACGAUCAGAUCAUUAAAUAGCGAUUGAUGCCAUCCCUGUCUGAACUGCACUGCAGCUACAAAUACGCCCUUCACACACUGUCUCUGGUACCUGAAAUACAGCUUGUGUAAUAGAUAGUAAAGUGAGCCAGACAAAAGUCCCUCGGUGUAUCUGGAAUUUUUGGAACAACCAUGAAGAAAGCUUCAGCAACCAACUUCAAAUCGUAUGACUAUGAAUCAUUCAAAUAUUUCUGUUUGUCACUUGUGUGAAAUAAUUAAUAAAGCCUAAAAUGUGGGUCUGAGUGUGUGAGACAUUCACGACUCCGCGAGGUGUUAAAUAAGAAAAUGUAAUUUCCUAAAGCUCACUGUCCGAGGAACUGUUUGAUCACAGCGCUGUUAUUUAUGGUGCUCGAUUGCCUUCUGUAGAAAAAAAAAAUACUGACAAAUUGUUCACCAUUCCUGCUGAAUAAACCACUUGUCAACAUCA